AUGCGGCAGGAAGUCCGGCUGGUGUUGGCGGGCGAUGCCGGCGUCGGCAAGUCGACAUUGAUUACGUCGCUGAUCAAAGAGAGCUUUGUGGAAGACGUGCAAGAGCUUGUGCCUGAGCUCACGCUCCCCGCUGACGUUUCGCCCGAAGGCGUUUCGACCAAAAUUGUGGAUACGUGUGCUGGACCGGAGCACCAAGAGAAGCUCGAAACGGAACUGCGUCGUGCCAAUGUGAUUGUACUGGUGUACUCUGUGAUUGAUACCGAGUCAUUUGAGCGCAUUCCGUCGUACUGGCUGCCUUAUGUGCGCUCGCUCGGCAUCAAUGUCCCCGUGAUUCUCGUGGGCACCAAGGUGGACAUGCGGCAGAGCGACCUUGCUGAUGAGCUACUGGAGGAAGAGAUUGCGCCGGUAAUGGCCGAUUUUAAAGAGGUCGAGACGUGCAUCGAGUGCAGUGCGCGCCUUGCGCUGAAUGUGAGCGAAGUGUUCUUUUAUGCCCAAAAAGCCGUGCUGUACCCCACGGCGCCGCUGUACGACUCACGCACACACACACUCAAGCCUGCGUGUGUCGAGGCGCUGCGCAAUAUCUUUUCGCUGUGCGACUCGGACAAGGACGGUGUGCUGAGCGACGAGGAGCUGAAUGCUUUCCAGCUGCUGUGCUUCAACGCGCCACUGCAGCUGCAGGAGCUCGAAGGGAUCAAGCACCUCGUGAUGGACGGUGCAGAGGCAAUGAGCGACCCUACGCUGCAGCACAAUGCCCUGACCCUCGCCGGAUUCCUCUACUUGCAUACCCUCUUUAUCCAGCGAGGCCGUCUAGAAACCACAUGGACGGUCCUGUGGACGUUUGGCUACGGCAUGGACCUCGCAUUGUCGCACACCUACGUUUACCCACCGUUUGACGUGCCAGCGGGCAUGUCGGUUGAGCUGUCGCCGAACGGCUACCAGUUCCUCACCGAGGUGUUCAAGGCGCACGACAAGGACCACGACGGCGCGCUCAACGAGCAGGAGCUUGCGACGCUCUUUGCCACUGCGCCGGGCGGCCGCCAUCCGUGGGGCGCGCUCGGCUUCCCUGGAAGCACCGUUACCGACGAAGCAGGCGCCAUUACGCUCCAAGGCUGGCUGGCGCAGUGGAGCAUGAUGACCCUACUCGAGCACCGCACGACGCUCGCGUACCUCGCAUACCUCGGCUACCCCCUCUUCGCGCAUCCCCUCACGACGAACGGCAGCGCGUCGCCGCACCUCCAGGGCACCAACACGCCGAUGUACCACAGCGCCUCGCCGACGUCCUACGCGUGGCUCGACGGGACGGCCGCGUCCGCACGGCAGCCCGGCUACGACGAACAGCCCGCUGCGACGACCUCGGCGCUGAAGCUCGUGCGUGCGCGCCGCCCUGGCGACCGCAAGCGCAACGGCUCGGAGCAGCCGAGCGUCUUUUUGGCGCUGGUGCUCGGCGCGCCCGGCAGCGGCAAGACGGCGCUGCUGCGCAACUUGGUCGGCAAGCCUUUCCAGACCAAGUACCAGCCGACGCACCGCCUGCGCCGCGCGGUGUGCGCCGUGGAGCAAGGCGGCGCCGAGCGCUACCUCGUUCUGCAAGAGUACGGCUCGCGCAACGAGGCCGAGGCGCUGCGCUCCGCGUCGAAGCUCGCUUCGGUCAAUGCGAUCGUAUUUGUGUACGACUCGAGCGACACCAACUCCUUCUCCUACAUUUCCAACCUGCGCCAGCAGUUUGCCGCGCUUUCUGCGCUUCCGUCUUUGUUUGUCGCGACCAAGUGCGAUCUGGAUUUGGCGCAGCAGCGCCACGAAGUGCAGCCCGACGUGUACUGCCGCAAGCUCGGCUUGAGCAUUCCGCACCUCGGCGCCGGCCCCCUGAAUGUCAGCGCGCGCCACGGGCAGAUCGCGGGGCUCUACAGCCUGAUUCUGAGCAUCGCCGCGGAUCCCCGCGGCGCCGUGCCGGUGCACAGCCGCUCGCUGUCCUACGCGCGCAUGCCGUGGAAGGCCGGCGCGUACGCGUUCCUCGCGCUGUUUGGCGCGACGGGCGCCGCAUGGACCGUCUGGCGGUUGCUGCAGCGCAGCGGGUGGCCGGUGCGUGUGCCGUGGCUGGGCCGUGUGGAUCUCUAG